GCGGUUAAAGGGCAGGUGUGGCGGGCGUUUGUUCCCAUGGCAAACUUAGAAAGCUGCUGGCUCGGCAGUCUUCAACCGGAGCUUUGCUGCACGUCUCCUGAAGGCCGCGCUUUGUGCUUCCCUCCGCACCAGGACUUUACCUUCUCCGGCUGCUGUUUGGGGCUCAGCAUGUCCCUCCAUUCUUGAGUGCCAGACGUCCGCCUCCGACUGCCGAGUUGGUGUGAGAUAGGAGUUGCAUUGGUCAUUGAACAUCCACUUGAAGGACUUGGAGCAGGAUGAUGCACUCCCUUGUUUCAGUUGAGUCAUUAUCAGCACAUAUCAAAAUACGUGCGCCGCUGUUGCUCACAUUGAGGUGCGGAAUACCUGCAGAGCUUAGAGGCUGAGAGUGCAACAGGCAUUCCAGGUAUCGAGUGCAGCAGGGAGGGGCCCACAUGCCGCUGGCUCUUUCGUCAGAUGCAGACGCUGGACGUCUCCAACAUUGUUGCCGUGCGAGAAUUCUGCUGGGCAGGGCUUUCCCGAGCAGGGCUUUAUCCGGAAAUGCUGCAUACAGAAGCCUUUAAUCGCCGUUUGGCGCAUCUCUCCUGUUUUGCAGGCAUGGCGUCUCUUCUAUCCAUGUGUGCAGUUGCGGAGUCAGCAACCUCAUGCGCGACGGGGAUCAAGACCACUUCAACACAUGCGGAAGAUCCAGCACUUAGCUUCUUCAUGGUAGCUUUUCGGUCCCUGGCCAUGGUAAGUCAUUGCAUUGAUGCCAGUGAUUGGCCCAUGACCGUGGCUGAGUUCUCAGUGAACUUCCAGCUCUUCGUAGAACAUGGCUGUGGGUUUCAGUGGCUGCAACCACCACGCGGUUUGCCCUUCAUCCAGGGAGUUUCUGGAGAGACAUUGCAUGAUGGAGCACCUCCACAUCGGGGUAUCCAGAACCAUGCCGAAGUCCACAUGCGCAUUAAUUGGGCCAUGGGAGCUUGGGACAAUCGAAUGUAUUGGGAAGAGAAGAUGCUCAACAAGCAAGAACAACUACUGAACAUGAAGCAUAAGGACCCUCAAGACUUCUGCAAUUUGUUGGCCGAGAUGCCUCGGACGCCUGGCUGA